AAUGUUGUCUAAAGAGAGUAGUAGUGUUGUCUAUAGAAGUUUGUGUGUGUACUGUGCAGUGCGAUAGAUAAGUACUUAGUCCAUUUUGAGGCCUCACAAAAAUGGCCUCCAAGAUGACCACUUCAAUUAUUACUCUGAUCAUGUACUUGUUAGCUUCACAGGCUUUUGUUCACAUUGCUUGCGCAGCUGGAGAGUGUGGGAAGACGCCGAUCCAAUCCGCAGCUGCCAGUUUAAGUCCGUGCUUGGGGUCGGCCGGGAAUGCGAGGGCUAGGGUUCCUCCAACUUGCUGCACCAAAGUUAAUACAUUGCUCAAGACCUCCCCAAAGUGCCUCUGCGCCGUCCUGCUCUCUCCUCUCGCUAAGCAAGCCGGUAUCAAGCCUGCGAUUGCUAUUACCAUUCCAAAGCGAUGCAACAUCAAAAACAGGCCGGUUGGAAAGAAGUGUGGACGUUACACUGUCCCAUGAGAACACAGUAUUGCUAUUUGGUGGAGAAUAACAAAUAUAGUGUCGUGAGUUUUCUGUUGCUAAAUAAGGGUUGCUAUGUACUAGUUGGUCAUUUGGCUGUUGAAGUGACCAAUAUCAAGCAGCUGUAUGUUAUGUAUUUAUAGAGUUAUGUAACGGUGUUCAAAUGUUUAAAUCAAAGUAUGUUUUGAUCCACAUCAAUGUUAAAAUGCUAGUAUUCAGUUCAAUUAUGAAACCUUUUGUUUUAUUUA